UGUCCUUCCCGUGGAAGCCUUUAAAAGCGGCCGCUGCUCAUGGCUUACGUCGAGCCGACAUCAUGGAGUCACACAGAGACCUUCUGGUGACUGCUGCUGUUUUCCUCUUCGCCCUCAUUUCACACAGCGAGGGCAUCCUCGGAGGCAGAGAGGCGGCGCCUCACUCUCGGCCCUACAUGGCCUCCAUCCAGGUGCUGGAAGGAGAGGAGAUGAAACACGAGUGUGGAGGGUUUGUGAUCGCCGAUCAAUGGGUGAUGACUGCGGUCCACUGCCUGCCGACGGGGCCGAAUGGAAGGAAGGUGGUGCUGGGAGUCCAUUCUCUGAGCGAGCCCGAACAGACCAAGCAGACCUUUGAUAUUCUGGAACUUCACAAUCACCCUGACUUCAAAGAGUUAAAUUACGAUAAUGACAUUGCAUUAAUUAAGCUGGAUCGUCCAUUCAGCGCCACUGAAGCCGUCAAAGCGGUGCAGUUCCUGAGGGCCGGCGGCACGAACCCCGUAACGGGUGCAGAGGUGGAGACGGCCGGGUGGGGGUCCCUGGAUAACCUGGGGUCCCGACCCGACAAGCUCAAGGAGGUGGUCGUUGAGGUGUUCAGCCCGGAUCUGUGCGGACGCAGUGACCACUACGGGGAGAAGUUCACCGACAACAUGAUGUGUGCCCACAGAGUUUGUCCCAGACCCUGCAGACAAGCUCAGAAGAAGGAGGACAGCUGUGACGGCGACUCCGGGGGCCCUCUGCUCUACAACGGCACCGCGGUGGGCAUCACUUCCAACGGAGGGCAGAAGUGUGGCCAGGUCAGGAAGCCCGGAGUUUACACGAUCAUCUCCCGAUACAGCGAGUGGAUCGACAGCACCAUGGCCCCCCGGCCGGAGCCAACGCCGGAGCAACGCCGGUGAAAAACGCCAGCCGUGGAGACCCCCCCCAGUACGGGGCCACGCUACCACCCAACUAUACGGACAUGUAGCCAUCACCUCGAAAAGGAAUCAAUGAAACGCGGCUUAUCGAAUCAGCUGUUUACUCUGCAAUGAAAUAAAGUACAAGUACAAAGAAACUGUUACGUAGUAAUAGUAGUAAUGCAAUUUAAUUUCUUUUAACUUUAUGGUUGCAGUGUGAUAGUAUUGUUCCUAUUCAGUUUGAUUGCAUAAUAAAGGCACAUUAUAGCACGGUUAUACUUCUACAUUUAAUAAAAGAACUUUCAGACAAACAAUCUUGUCUUCAUGCAGUUGAGUCCGUG